AUUUCUAUGAUGUAUGUUCAUGUCCUUCAGCUAUCCAUUGCAGCAAAUUCCAACUGUUCCUCCACAGUGGAAUGCAAGAGAUGACAUGCCUGGUAUAAACUUUGGAGGAGCUACACAAUUGGGACCAAAUAUUCGCGCCCCUGCAAAUGCUUUGCCUCAUUUGCCAGAACCUUCUGAUGCGGGGAACAACAGGUUUCUCCAACAAUCAUCUCAUCAAGGAUGGCCGUUAGUUGAUGCCUUACCAGAAGUGGCAGUUCAAACGUUUGAUAAGAUCAACUUUCCUGCCCCUGCAAGUUCUGGUGAUUUCAAUCGUGUGCUCAUUCAAGCUGGAUCGAGUGGAAAAGAUGCAGGAAUGCUUGGUGAUAAAAAUAAAAGAACCCCGAAGAAUUUACCAGAUGACAAGCAAAUAUUAGCUCCUAUAGGAGGAAAGCAAAUGAAAGAUUCUGGGAAGCAAAUUGCAGUGCAGGAGCAAGCGAACCAGCUGAGAUUGCAGUCUUCAAAUAAGAGUGGCAGAAAGAGGAAAACGUCAUCGAUUUCUCUGGCAGCUGUUGGGAAAGAGAAAGCUACUACAGAUCAUAUUAUGAAUGGCAAUAUCGACAGCUACUUAUCCCGGGGAGAUGCUGGUCUGAUUGCUGCAAGUAAUUCACUCGCUGCAUUGAGGAAAAGUAUUGCUGCUUGCAUUGAAUCUGACCGGAAAGGCAUCACUAUUAAAGAGAUUGGAAGCCUUCACGCAACAAAGAGCAAGCUCCUAUGUUGCCACUUCCAUUCACAAGGAAAGUUGUUGGCUACUGCUGGUCACGAGAGGAAGGUUGUAAUUUGGGACGUGGAAAAUAGUGAUGUUAAAUGUGGAGAAGGUCAUGCUCAUCUCAUUACAGAUAUCCGUUUUAGACCAAACUCAAUGGUGUUUGCAACAUCCUCUUUUGACAGAACUGUGAUGUUAUGGGAUGCAGCCAAGCCAAGCAACCCUUUCAAAAGCCUUGUCGGGCACGUUGAGCAUGUGAUGUUCACAGAUUUUCAUCCAACAAAGGCCGGUCUCCUCAGCUCUUGUGAUAGCAAUGAUGAGAUUAGACUGUGGGAUGUCGAUGAGGGCGAUUGCAAACUCAUUUUUAAGGGAGGUAGUAGACAGGUUAGAUUCCAACCUCGAUUUGGGAACCUUUUGGCAUGUUCUACAGGAAAUAUUAUUAAUAUAUUUGAUGUGGAGACUAACAGCAUCCAACAACAGUUACAAGGACAUGUCGGAGAUGUCCGUUCUAUCUGUUGGGAUAACCGUUCUAUCUGUUGGGAUAUGAGCGGGAAUUUCCUGGCAUCCGUGAGCGAGGAUAGUGCACGGAUAUGGUGUGUCAGCGGAAGAAAGUGUUUACAUGAACUGCGCUCCAGUGGCAAUAAGUUCCAGUCAUGCACUUUCCACCCUGACCGCGCUCAAAUCUUGGCGAUUGGUUCUCAUGAGUUACUGGAGCUGUGGAAUCCAAUGUACCAGAGCCACAUAACUUGGCCACACCAAGCACAUGAUGGCAUAAUUUCUUCAUUUGCAGAUUCACCUCCGACAGGAACCAUAGCUUUAGGUCAUACUUGGUAUACGCUAAGGAGUUGCAUUUUUAAUGUUGGGUUUGUGUCUUGCUGUUAUAUUGGACUUGGCUUUUUCGUCAAGUACUUUUCUUCUUCUUAGCAGGUAUGUUUCAGCUUUUGUUAUUCAAUGUUGUAGAUUUGAUUUGCAUUGGUGUAUAGUUAUUUUUGCCUACAUGUUAAUGUACUUGAAAACUGUCAAGUAAGCUUUGUAUAACUGGAUUAAUCGAUUUGGAUAAAAUAAGUAAAUAAUCCUUACUUUGGAGGAAUAGAUUCCCACUUCAAAUCUUUGAUUUUGUGUAGUACCUGGAAUAAGUGAUAAAAUGUAGAAUUACAAGAUCAUGUAACUAGUUGACAGCAUUUGUUGGAUUAUUUCUUUGGAAAAUAAAGAUUAAUCUAGGACAAAGAAAGGUUUUCCUAGACUCAUUAGGACUAAUGGCCGAAUGAUCAUCCUUAAGGUGUUCCGUUCCCUCUGUGCAUCGUUUUCUCUACCAGCUGCAGAGACACAGAGCUGCAGAGACACACGUAUUGCAUUUUCCUAGAGAUAUAGACUGGAUAGAGUCAAAGAGUAUUGCAGACAAACUAAACACUAUUUGUCAGCUGACAUGGUCUAAAAAUGACUUCCCUCGCUCUUUGGUAGAAGUUAUUCUCCUUUACAACUAUCUCAAAUCUUAAUUUCAUAUCUAUUCUCCAACCAACACUUAGACAUUAUAAUCAAUCUUUAGUAUAAAUUUCAUCAAAAAACUAUCUGAUUCGCUAACAUUAUUAUCAAUCUAUAAUCUAAAAAAAUUCAUAAAAUAUUUGAAAAACGUUUCCAUCGUAUCAGCACCCUAAAUAAAAAACAAUUACUACUAGUACUUACUGUCUAUUUUUCCAAGAUAUUGUCACCAUCAUGUGAUUAAUUGAGGAAUAUAACAUACACUUUGUUAAUCUUCAUUCUGAGAAUGAAUUUACCUCACUAAAGUCUUUUUAUGUCGAAAUAGAUACAAAAAAUGCUUUCUCUUAAAUAACAUUUAUGUUAGAGCUAGAAAUUGACAAAUCAUUAACAUCGACAUAGGGGCAAAUAAUAACUUUUGACUUAUUCUAAUACUUAUGAUAAAUGCAAGAAUCAAACUUUACGUUGUUUUGGUGCCUAUCUCAAGCCAUUCCGAUAUGUCAAAUGGGGUUUGGAACUGCCUUGCUUUGGAAUCACAAUUGCUCAAAUAUGUCAUAUUCUUUCCUAGGAAGUAGUGUUGAAGACAUAGUAAAGUCGAUAAAAGUCUAUUCUCUCUAACAAAUUAAGUUUUUAAACGAGAUGGUUAUACAAUUUAACAUGAUUUUUAUUGUUGAUACAAUCUAACAUGGUAACAAAGCAGAUAGAGGUCCUAGGUUCAAGUCUCACCGUCACUUAUUGUU